UUUCUUCUUUCCGUAUAAUAUAUACGUGUCUCAUGUGUAUACUCCUCUCUCUCUCUCUCUCUCUCUCUCUCUGUGGAGCUGAAAAAUGUCGAACUACUUUUGGAAGAAGUUCAACAGCUGCUUCUCCAAACUCAAAUGCUUACCCACCAUCCAAUCCCCUCCAAACAAAGAUCCAAUCCCCUCGCCCAUCUCCACAACUCCGUGCUCAAUCAUCCUCAAAAACUUCAACACCCUUUACGACCCUAACUCUUCAGACUCCACUAAUUUCUUCUCCUCCUCCGAUGAUUCUGACGGCGCAGACUCACCCCCCGACUUAACCACCAUCUUCGCCUCCCAGCGCUUCUUCUUCCCCUCCCCUGGCCGCUCUAACUCCAUUUUCGAGUCCCUGGACGCCGGGCAAGACCCUGAGAACGCAUUGGUAAAUGGAAGCGUCAAAGUGCCUAAGUACUCGCUAGAUCCUUACAUUGAUUUCCGGCGGUCAAUGCAAGAGAUGGCUGAAGCAAGAAAUCUCCCCGACGUGAAAAGGGAAUGGGAGUAUUUGCAUGAGCUUCUCUUGUGUUACCUUACAAUGAAUCCUAAACACACCCACAGCUAUAUAAUUCGUGCUUUCGCCGACCUUGUCAUCUGUAUCUUGUCGUCAUCGUCAUCCCCAAUGUUUUCUGCCCCCAAUCACUGCCGGGAGUCCAAGAACCGCCGGCACCGAUAUAUUUCGCAGUAGCUGCAGGUGUAACAUUCGUCCCCCAACCAAACUUUUUCCUUUCAAUAGAAAUAAUAUGCAGGCGAUUAAUGUUUUUGCUACUUUGCCCUUGGGGAAAGCGGAUGAUGCUUCAUCUGCGCAGACAAAAGGAAAAAUGUACUUGAUAAUCAGACAAGGCUAGCUAGUCUAGCUAGGAGACGUGGGAUCUUAGUGUCUCGAUGCAUGCUAUUUCUAUCUAUUAUGUGGUUUCUUUGCUUUCUCGUUGGAUGUUCUGUGGCUGAUUCACAACAGUGAAUAAUGGUGGCUGAGCAGACAAAAAUAGACGAGGACAAAGUCAUGCCCAUGCCCAAUGGUAAUAAUUAAUUAACUCGUUCAUUGUCCUUGUUUUAGACUUUAGUUGCGGUCCUGGCAACAUUUAGGUUGGGCAUUUUGCACACAUAACCACGAGGAGCCUUGUUUGGCAGGGAGGGCAUGGUACAAUUACCAGUAACUUACAGCAUACUUGCUUCUUUAUGGAUGUAUAAUUACUCUGAUAAGAUGAAGAAGUUGAAAGGCUCAAUUCACAUAUA